CGAGCCGGGCCGGGCUGAGCCGUCGGGAGCUGGACAUGGGAAGUACCAGGGCCCCAGAGAUGCAGGCGCUGCCUCUCGCCUGCCUGACACUGCUCCUGCUCCACAGAUCCCCGGGUACCGGUGCCCAGGAGGUUCAGGGCUUCAAGCUGCAUCAGCCCCAGGGCAAUGUGUCAGUGACAGCGGGGGAGACGCUCACCCUGAACUGCACCACAUCUGGAGAUGGUCCCAUUGGGCCUGUGAAGUGGCUGAAGGGCUGGGGCAGUGAGAAUGAGACCAUUUAUGACCAGACGGGCACGUUCCCCCGUGUGAUGAGGACAGCGACUGGGUCCGACACAGACUUCACCAUCCACAUCAGGAAUGUUCACCCCGAGGAUGCUGGCACCUAUUACUGCGUGAAGUACGACAAGUCUGUGCGUGGGGUGAUCGUGUUUCAGCACGGAAAGGGCACCGAGGUGUCCGUGUACGCCAAACCCAGCAGCCCGGUGGUGUGGGGGCCGGAGAGCAGAGCAGGGCCGGGGCAAUCGGUGCCUUUCACCUGCACGGCCGGGGGGUUCUUCCCCAGGGAAAUCGCUGUGAAGUGGCUGAAGGAUGCUGCCCUAUCCCCCUCCAUGUCAGCGCCUUGA